AUGCACUCGCAGGCAGCCAUGGGCGGGCGUUUAUCCUGGGGCGUGGGUUUGGCCGUGGGAAUGGGCGUGACGACAGCGGUGGGCGUGUGGGCGUGGAAGGCUCUUCAUGGACGGGUUUUCAAAUGGGAAGAAGUGGGUAUACUAGACCAGCUGGUGAUAUACCCCUUGAAGUCGGCAAGGGGUGUUUCUGUUCCAUCUGCCACGGCAAGAAGGCACGGCUUGGCGAAAGACCAUCUGCAAGACAGGUCAUUCAUGGUGAUACGUGAAGACGGCAGCUUUAUCUCGGGUCGUCAUGCAGGGAGCCUCAUGACUGUAUCGGUGACUCUCGAGGCUCAUGACCAGCUUACUCUCCACGCUCCAGACGGCUCGGAUAUACAGGUCGACCUCGACGGCGUGACGAGGAAGGCAGCCGUCGUGGAAGCGAGAAUGUGGGGAAAGGAUGUAAAAGGAAUUGACUGUGGGGACGAGGUGGCAGAGUGGCUAACGCGUAUCCUCUUCGACGGAGAAACGAAAGUUCGACUCCUGUACAAAGGGAACGUGAUGGAAGACAGACCAGCCAAUUCGCCGCAGUACUUCACCUUCCCACAGUUUCAAAAGACAGAUCGGAUGUAUUACGCCGACACCUGCGCUUACCUCGUAGCCACAGCCCCUUCGUUGCAAGACCUGAACGCACGCUUGCAAGAACCCGUCCCCAUGAGCUGCUUCCGUCCCAACCUUGUGAUCGAGUGCGACACGCCCUUCGAUGAGGACGACUGGGCCUUCCUCAAGAUCGGGGAAGUCGUGAUGAGGAGACUCAAGCCUUGCGAGAGAGGUGUGAGAAAAGUGGUCAUGAGCAAAAGGAAGAGUGUGAAAGGCGGGGUCAUAAAAAGAGGCAUGAGGAAGAUGAUGAUCAUGAGAAAGAGGAGGCAUGCAUAUGAUGGGGUCUUGAGAAAGCUUAGGAAUCAUGAGGAAGGCGGAGUCAUAAGAAAGAGAAGACAUGAGGUAGGUGAGGUAAUGAGAAAAUACAGGGUUCCUAAAGAACCAGAAAAGCUUGCAAAACUAUGGAAAAACAAACCUAUAUUUGGAGUGAACAUGGCCACUGAAAGUACAGGGGAGCUAUGCAAGGGAGACAUAGUGUAUGUGGCUCGGUUAUCUGCCCAUCCUUGGUUCAGAAGCGCAUAG